AUGGGAUUAGUAAAAGAUCAAGUUCUGCAAGCCGUCGGCCGCUCUUUUCAUCCUCACUGUUUCACGUGCUCUGUAUGCCACAAAUGUCUCGACGGGAUUGUACUCAUUGGAAGCGGUAAAACAAUUCGAGUGGUCGCUUUGGGCAACGAUUAUCAUCUUGAGUGCUACUCUUGUGAGGGCUGCAAAAAGCAAUUGGGUGACGAUUACAAUGAACGAUGUCAUCCGUUAAAUGGUCAUCUUUUAUGCGCAAACUGUCAUAAGUUGUGGAAAACGACCGGUGGAGCGCCUACAACCGAUUUAGAACCGGACUCGCGGACUCCUGCCGGACUCGCGGACUCCUGCCGGACUCGCGGACUCCUGCCGGACUCGCGGACUCCUGCCGGACUCGCGGACUCCUGCCGGACUCGCGGACUCCUGCCGGACUCGCGGACUCCUGCCGGACUCGCGGACUCCUGCCGGACUCGCGGACUCCUGCCGGACUCGCGGACUCCUGCCGGACUCGCGGACUCCUGCCGGACUCGCGGACUCCUGCCGGACUCGCGGACUCCUGCCGGACUCGCGGACUCCUGCCGGACUCGCGGACUCCUGCCGGACUCGCGGACUCCUGCCGGACUCGCGGACUCCUGCCGGACUCGCGGACUCCUGCCGGACUCGCGGACUCCUGCCGGACUCACC